CUCGCUCCUUCCUCUUCUUGCAUCCCAAAUUCAGCUCACACCUUCAUCGACAUGCCCUCAACUACUCCUCUAAUGUCUCCUCCACUCCUUGCAUUCGUCCAGUUCCCACCAAAGACAGUCCAGCACAUGUAAACCCAGCCCCCGUUACAGCAAAACCAGAAACCUCCGCGGACCCCCCCAAGGCAACAAGAAAGGCUACCAUACAACAUCCAUCAUGGAUCGCCGCGGCAGGAAUCUCCUCACCAAACUCUCCUCCGAACUAGGCUUCCGGACCCUCCGCAACAGCAGUCGAGAUGUGCAUCUACUCCUGCUGGCCCGCUUUCUACGCAUGGCCGCCUACGGCUCCAGCACCCUCAUCCUCGCCCUCUUCUUCCAAGUCCUCGGGCACAGCGACACGCAGAUCGGCCUCUUCAUGACCCUGACUCUUGCUGGGGAUGUGCUUAUCAGCCUGGGUCUUACUUUCAUUGCCGAUGCUCUGGGGCGGCGUAUGGUUCUUUUCCUUGGCUCCAUCCUCAUGACUUUCUCUGGGUGCAUCUUUGCCAUGUUCGCCAAUUACACCAUCCUCCUGCUCGCUGCUAUUGUGGGAGUGAUCAGUCCCAGUGGCAACGAAAUCGGUCCUUUCCGUGCGGUGGAGGAAUCGACGCUCGCGCAACUCUCCGACGCCGAUACCCGCUCGGAUAUCUUUGCUUGGUACGUUGUCAUCGGCACUCUGGGCACCGCGACUGGAUCGUUCGGGGGAGGCUGGUUGGUACAAUUCCUGGAAGGCAGCUGGAGACCCAUCACCGCGUACAAGUUCAUCUUCUGGAUUUAUGCCGUCGUUGGACUCUUGAAGGCUAGUUUGUGUGUGCUCCUCAGCGACAAAUGUGAGGUGCAGAAUGCGCCUUCCGCCACCGCUGCGCCAUCCUCAUCCGCAGCCGGACAACGACGCAACUCGAACGAGAACAGUGAAGCCGAAGAGCCUUUCCUCCCUCAGAAUGGAUCUUCCACAGCACCCAGCUCAUCACCCGCCAAACCCACACCACCGCCUAAACCCUCCCCCCUAAGCGUCUCGCGCCUCUCCCCCAAUUCCCGCAAAACCCUCGCAAAGCUCUGCGCCCUCUUCUUCUUCGACUCCCUUGCAAGCGGCAUGGUCCCCUACAGCCUCAUCGCCCUCUUCAUGGAACGCAAAUUCCGCAUGCCCGAAGGCAAGCUCGGCACCAUCAUGGCGACAGCGCAAUUCGUCAGCAGCAUGGGCAGCCUACUCGCGUCCGCGGUGGCGAAGCGCAUCGGCCUCGUGCGAGCCAUGGUCUUCACGCAUCUACCCAGCGCCAUCUUCCUCGCUCUAGUCCCUCUCCCGCCGCAGCUAGGCUGGACCAUCUUCCUACUCGUGGCGCGCGCGAGUCUAGGCUCCAUGGACCAAGCGCCACGCAGUGCGUUCCUGUCCGCCGUCGUGUUGCCCGAGGAGCGCACGGUGACGAUGGGGAUUGUGAACACGGUCAAGACGAUGAGCCAGAGUUCCGGGCCACUGAUCACGGGUAGUCUGGCUGCCUCGGCGCGCUUUUGGAUUGCGUUUGUGGUGGCGGGGAGUCUGAAGGCGUUUUAUGAUCUUGGCAUGCUUACUAUGUUUGUCAAUUUGAAACUCGAGGGGGAUAAGGGGGCAAGGAGGGCCGAGGUGGAUGAAGAGGAGCAUGAGCAAUUCGCAUUGGAACCGCUAGACGAUGAUGACGACGAGGAAGGAGAAGAGGAGGGAGAAGAAGGCGAGGGGAAAAAUGAAGGAAGAAAAUGAUACGAUGUG